AUGACAGAUAAUAAAAGUAAUAAUAAUUAUAAAUGUAGAAUAUGGUAUAUUACAGGUAUAUCACAAGGACUUGGUUUAACUUUGGUUAGAGAAUGUCUGUUGAAUGGCGAUAAAGUUGUUGGUACAACAAGGAAUCCAGAUGUUCAAGAACUUAAGGAUAUCGCCUCAGAGCAUUCAGAAUCAUUCAUGGUUUUAAAAGUUGAUUUGACCAAUGAGGAUGCUGUUAAAGACUCAAUCGAUCAAACAAUAAAGCGAUUCGGAGGAAUCGACGUUGUUGUAAACAAUGCUGGCUACGGAUUGCUUGGUUCUCUCGAAGAGUUGAAACCGGAAGAGAUAAGAACUCACUUUGAAGUCAAUCUAUUCGCUGUUAUCAAUGUACUCAGACACGCCGUUGGACACCUAAGACAGCAGCCAGCAACAGGCGGUAAUAUCAUUAACAUCUCGUCGAUUGUCGGAUUCAACAGUUCGCUGCCUGGCAACGUUUCCUAUGCCGCCACAAAGUAUGCUCUUGGCGGACUGUCGGAAGCACUCGCCAAAGAGAUGGAACCAUUCAAUGUGAAGGUAACCAUUGUGUAUCCCGGUUGUUUUAGAACCAACUUUUUCGCUGGCUCGUACCGUGUCGCUUCAGAGCCGAUCGAAUGCUACAAAACAAAGGAAACAGAACAAGAGUGUCUGGCAUCACAAGGCAAACAGAGAGGAGAUCCCGAAAAGGCAGCGAAAGUAAUCUAUCAACUCACUCGAAUUCCAGAGGGAACUCCAACGCCACUACAUCUUUUCCUUGGUCCCGACGCCAACGAGAUGGCACAACAAAAAAUAGAUAUCUUGCAACACGAUUUAAAUCAAUGGAAAUCAAUAACAGAUAGUACUGAUAUUUAUAGUAGCGCCAUAAAGUUAAAUAAAAUAAAUACUAAUAGAAUAGAAUAA